AUGAUACUGACAGUAACUGGAAACUCGGAACUGUUAAAGUAUGGGGCCAUGGUUAUGCUUGUGUCUCCACAGGCUCAACAGAUGUUUAGCUGCCAACCCAAAAACCAAAACCCAAAAAUAAAAACAAAAUCAUCUGACACACAAAAACCUUUGGAGGAGUCCUUCAAGAGGAUGAAGCUGACUAAACACACCAGUAAAACAGCACCAACCAAAAUGGCGACCAUUCCCACCUGCAGACAGAUAAAAAAGCUUUCCCAAAAAGUUAGCAGGCUUUUCCUGGUCCUGUGCAUGAAAUCCAUGAUUUGGAGUAACCUCAUCCAAAGGAUAACCCUCUAUGUGUUUACUGGUCCUGGAAUUUUAGGAAACAUCCUUGUACUUGUGAAAUAUGUAUAUACUUUAAAUAUGGGUCUUGAGAAACAAAAACCCAUAUACAUUAUCCUCAUUCACUUGGUUUUCUCAAAUACACUAAUUAUUUGUAACAUAGGGAUCAAAAGUAUAUUAACUACAGAUCUUUGUUUUAUAAACUUCCUAAGUGAUGUUGGUUGCAAAACUGUACUUUAUAUGGAAAAACUAGCUCGAGGCCUUUCCGUCUGCACCACCUGUCUCCUCACCAUGGUCCAGGUCAUUACCAUCAGUCCCAGAACCACCCAGUGGAGAAAGCUCAAACCACGGACUGCAUGGCAAGUUCUUCCCUAUCUCCUCUUCUUUUGGGUCUUGAAUGCUCUGAUAAGCUCCUAUUUGCUCUACUUCAUGACAGCAUUCAAUAGCAUGAACAGCUCCAGAACUGAAGUCUAUGUUGGGUAUUGUCAUAUGCAUCAAUCUAGCCAUGUGUUUAGGUGGCUUUGCCUCUCCCUCAUGGCUCUCCGGGAUGUGAUCUUUCAGAGUCUCAUGGGCUGGAGCAGUGGGUACAUGGUUUUCUAUCUGUAUAAACAUUACAAGCGAGUCCUCUACCUUCAUAGCUCCAAAUGUGAAAACAAUUCCAGCCCAGAAAUCAGAGUGGUUCUAAGUACUCUCAUUCUCAUGGUCUGUUUUCUUUGUUUUAAUUGGACAAAUUUAAUCUCCUCCAUCUACCUAAGUUCUGUCAUGAAACAUGACUGUACAAUAAUAAAGAUCAAUGUAUUUCUAGUCUUUGGGUAUGCUUGUCUCAGCCCCUUUAUCCUGAUCAUCAGGGAUGUACAUGUCACUAAAUACUGGAAUGUUCACUGA